AAUCUGCAAGAAUUCAAAGUUAUUGGAACAUUAGGUGUUGGUGGUUUCGGAAGAGUUGAACUAGUUCAAAUGCUCAAGGAUCCCUCUCGAACCUACGCCCUCAAGAAAUUGAAGAAGCAUUACAUUGUCCUAACAAAGCAAGAGGAACACGUAAUGAAUGAACGAGCUAUCCUCAUGUCCUGCAACUCAGAAUUCAUCGUUCGGUUAUUUAAAACGUUUAAGGACCGAAAAUACCUUUAUCUACUUAUGGAGGUAUGUCUCGGUGGUGAAUUGUGGACCCUACUCAGAAAUCGGCUCUUCUUCUCCGAGUCGACAACACAAUUUUACGUUGCGUGUGUGGUAGAAGGUCUGACGUAUUUGCACUCCAGAGGCAUUGUAUAUAGGGAUCUUAAACCAGAGAAUCUACUUCUUGAUCAAUAUGGAUACUGCAAAAUGACUGAUUUUGGAUUUGCCAAGAGGAUUGGGUUCGGUCGGAAGACGUGGACAUUCUGUGGCACUCCCGAAUACGUCGCUCCUGAGAUUAUAUUGAAUAAAGGUCACGACUUCUCUGCCGAUACUUGGUCCCUGGGGAUCCUCAUAUUCGAACUCAUGAAUGGAACGCCGCCAUUUACAUCAGAAGAACCAAUGAAGACAUAUAAUAUAAUUCUUCGUGGAAUCGAUGCAGUAGAUUUCCCAAGGAAAAUCACCCGCAAUGCUCAAAAUCUCAUUAAGAAGUUGUGUAGAGAGAAUCCAACAGAACGAUAUGGCUAUAGCAAGGGUGGACUACGAGAGAUUCGCAAGCACGUCUGGUUUGAGGGGUUUGACUGGGAAGGUCUUCGACAUCGCCAACUUGUGCCGGCCUAUGUCCCACAGGUUUCCAGUUCAAUAGACUCCAAGAACUUCGAUUAUUACCCGCCGGAUCAUGAAGAACCUCCUGAUGACAUUUCUGGUUGGGAUAAUGAAUUCUAA